AUGGAACGAUCUUCGGUGUACACUUAUGUGUCAGCACACGGCUACAUCGGACCUCCUGCCGACGAUUUCGAAGUGUUGAAGGGCUCAGGAGCAAGCAUGGGCAGCAGGCGCUCAAAUAUCGAGUUGUACUGGACCGUUUCUGAAGUUACCGUAACUACGGACAACGAUCACUGUGAUUCUCCAUCACUUCAUUUAAUAGACCCAGGCCUGUGCCUAAUCGUGAACGUUGAAUGUUUUCGACGUUCGGUGUGUCUUGGCGAGAAGCGCUCGUCGGGGCGCCUUCACUACCGACCGGCGCCGCAGCCGUCACUACCAGUCGAGCAGCCCGGCCCGCCCCGAUUUCCGGCUGUUGAGCAGUCAAAACAACACAUAUCAGUGAAAUUCCAGAUAUUUGUUCAUGGACUUUCUACCGAACUUUUCUAUGCUAUGAUCUUCACUGACAUCUGA